AUGGGUGACCGCACCGCAUUCUUCUAUGGCACUCUUAUGGCCAAAGAAGUCCUCUUCAACGUAAUCUUCGGCAUGCCCUCAAUCAGCAAACACAACAUUCAAACCAUCACCCAAACCCCCGCCAUCCUCCACAACCACAAGCGUUCCCGCGUCAAGUACUGCGACUACCCCGGCGUGAUCCCUCAGGAAGGUCACUCGGUCCGAGGCACCUACGUCACCGGCCUCACCGACGGCGAUGUCUAUCGUCUGGAUAUGUUCGAAGGUGACCAGUACUCACUCCAAACCGUACGUGUGCGUCUGUUGAAGACCGAGGGCGAUGCAGCUACUGGAAAAGGCAAUGUUGAGGGCGACGAAGUGGAGACGCAGACGUAUAUCUGGACUGAUACUCAUGAGCGUCUUGAAGACAAGGAGUGGGAUUAUGCUACUUUCAGGAAGGAGAAGUUGGCUAGGUGGUCUGGCGGCGAACCUGAGGGUCAGUGUCUGAUUCAAUGA